AUUAUAUCAAUUUGGUACAGAUACAGACAACCUGACACGUAGUAGUUAGCAGCACCGUGAAGAAUGGUGGGAAGUUCCGGUGCCGGACCGUUGGGCUUCCCUUUGUUCCUUGAACCCACGGCCGGCCCUCUUGAUCUCUUCGCGACUGCCACUUCUCUCCGUCUCACCCACUCUCUCCGCCGCCGUAUUAUUCAUCACAUUACCCUCACCUUCGCUCUCCAUUCGUUCGAUAAGAAACUUGCUCCUCUUGUUGAAGUCUCUUCUAAAUUGAAGAGUGCAUGGUGUUCAAGAGUUCUCCAUUUUCCAGGAUUAAAUUUUCUUGAAGUAUCUAAGGAUAUCUUAUCAUCCACUCAUGCUGCUUGUUUAUAUUUCUUUGGUGGCGGGCAUACUGGGAGUAGCUUAAAAAAUGAGGGGACAUCUCACUGGAAAACAUCAAAUAGAAAUCCACAAAACGAUCGAAGAUGGACCAAUAUUCUUCUUGGUGUUAAUAUUUUAGCUUUUCUGGCUCAAGUUGCAUCAGAAGGAAAGUUACUCCUAUGGGGAUCCAAGAUAAAUGCUCUAAUAGAUCAAGGACAGUUAUGGAGGUUGGUCACGUCUUCUUUUUUGCAUGCGAAUAUUGGGCAUUUGAUGGUUAAUUGUUAUUCUUUAAAUUCUAUUGGUCCUGCAGUGGAGAAAAUCUCUGGCACUCGGAGAUUUCUUGCAGUGUACUUUGCCUCGGCAAUUGCAAGUUCAUCCAUGAGUUAUUGGUUCUGCAAGGCACCCUCGGUUGGUGCAUCAGGAGCAAUCUUUGGAUUGGUAGGAUCCUUUGCUGCAUUUGUUGUGAGACAUAGAAAACUGGUCGGUAGAGGCAACGAAGAUCUGCAGCACAUUGCUCAUAUAAUAAUCUUAAAUAUGGCUAUUGGGAUAAUGUCUAGAGGCAUCGAUAACUGGGGACAUCUUGGAGGAUUUCUAGGUGGGGUAGCGGCAUCGUGGCUUCUUGGGCCUGCCUGGAAGCAGGAACCUUCUUUCAACAAUGGCCGAAGAACAUUUACAGACAGGGCUCCAAUUUUUUACCUCAUCAAUUGGAGAAAAAGAACCUAGAUGAGGUUAGUAUCAUUUUCUCAGCAUUUGAAUGUCUUGUAUCUCUUGGAAAAUUGCAUUCUCUGUAAGCUUUUUGGUCAAUAUAAAUGGGGGGAAAAAUUGUAGAAGCAUCAAGUUCUAGUUGCGAAGAAUGUGCAUGUACAGAUGUACUCCUAAUAUUAGCCUUGCAAGGUCUACUUUUCUAUAGUUUUAGGCCAUAGAAACUGAAGUCGGUGUAUAUUUUGAUUUGAAAAAUGGUUGUGUCCCAGCAACGAAUUUGAUCA